AAGGCCGGCCUGCGCAGGUUUGCACACGAGCAGGUUCGAAUUGGCCACACAUUGUCACAGAAUAAAAGAAUUUCAUUCAGUUUAGUUCUGUGAAUCUGUGCUUCUGGUUCGGUUGUUUGUCUAUGUAUAUUAACAUUUUUUGACACUAUGUCGGUAACUAGUGACGACUUGUGCCUAAUGGCUGUUAUAAGUAUUAUUUGCGUGAAAAAGAAUAAAAAAAAAGAUCAAGUUCUAAAGAAGAAGACUAUUCGUUCUAAAUGGGUUAAGUCUUGGCUAAUGAAACGGUCAAAUUAUUCUCACAUCAAUUUACUUGAAGAAUUACGACUUAGCCCUGAUGACUUCCGAAAUUAUUUGCAUAUGGAUGAAGAUACCUAUGUAGAACUACUAACUAUGGUAACGCCUUUAAUUAAAAAACAAGAUUCUCGUAUGAGAAAAUUCAUCAGCCCUCAUGAAAGACUUUCUGCGACUUUAAGGUUUUUGGCCACUGGACGAAGCUUUGAAGAUCUAAAAUAUACGGCGCUUAUAUCACCUCAAGCUUUGGGAAAAAUUAUCCCGGAAACGUGUAAAGCCAUUUGUAAAGUCCUGCAUAUACAGUACAUAAAGUUUCCAAAUUCAGAAAAGGAAUGGUUGGCAAUUGCUGAUGAGUUUUUUACUAAAUGGAAUUUUCCUUGCUGUCUAGGAGCUGUCGAUGGCAAGCACGUUAAGAUAAAUUGCCCACCAAAAAGUGGUUCAUUCUUUUAUAAUUAUAAAGGAUAUUUCAGUAUAGUGUUAAUGGCAAUUGUUAAUGCUAAUUAUGAAUUCAUACUUGUUGAUAUUGGGACAAAUGGGCGCGUGUCAGUUGGAGAAGUUAUUGAAAGUACUAGGUUUUAUGAAAAAUUAAAAACUAAUGCCUUAAAAAUACCUUCACCCAUUAAAUCUUUUAAUAAUUCCGAAGAGCUACCUUUUGUGUUUAUUGGCGACGAAGCUUUUGCUCUUCUACCUAAUUUUAUGAAGCCUUUUAACAUUAAAGUUCUAGAUAAUGAGAAAAAAGUAUUCAACUACCGUUUGUCUAGGGCACGAAAUGUCGUUGAAAACGCUUUCGGAAUAUUAGCAAGCCGUUUUCGUAACUACAUAACAUAGAAGCAGCUGUUCUUGCAACCGUCUCUUUGCAUAAUUUUUUACGAAUAAAGCUAAAAGAUCGAUACGUGUGCCGAGAUGUUAAUAGCCUUGAUGAUGCAAUACAAAAUGAAAAAGAAAGAGUAGAUGCAUUCGGCAAUUUGCAACGUGGGCCUAAUCGAAAUGCAUGUGAAGAAGCAAAAUCAAUUCUUGAAAAGUUUUGUUCAUAUUUUAACAAAGAAGGUCAAGUAACUUGGCAACAAAAUCGUAUAUCCUAGAAAAGAUUAUUAGAUG